CAUGUUCUUCCGCCAGUAUUCCAGGUACUGGCGCUGCGCGGCGGCCUUCCCUAGGCGGACGAAAUGGUCGAGACCAAGCAGGGGAUCCCACGCCCGCACUCGCGUCACAGGCGCGCAGCCAUGCUUGCGGGCAAAGCGCCGCUUGCGCUGGAAGAGACUAAUUCGUACAUAGAGAGAGCGGGUGAAGAGAGCAGCUAUGGAAAGAAUGGCAACGUAGUAGUAGAUUGGGUAUGGCAUCUCGAUGUCGUUUCGGUUCAUCUAAGGUCUUGUUGGGUAAGAGCAGAGGAUUCUGAUGACAGUCGAGAGACCAAGGCGGCAAAUGUGUUGAUGCCACGGGCUCGGGCAUGCGGCAUGGUCCGGGCCUUCCAACAGGUUUGAAGUCCAAGUAAGAGACGACAACAUCCGCAGCGAUGCCGGAAGCCGCCCGGCGGCCAAAUUGCCGUGGACAGGCAGAAUUCGGCCCCGGCUUCCGUCCAUAGGUCGGCAGGAAGAUGUCAGCGCUAAGCGGUCGGACUUCCGAACAUGUGUCAACAUCGGACUUCCGAUCCAAAGUGGGUCGCUGAUACGGCAGAGUCGGGACUGCGAUGACGCCCGCUCGACUGGUGACUUAUCGUGCGUGGAUGCAGUGGCCCACCGGUAUGGCUUUUAGACUGAACCAACUGUAACGCAGGGCAAUUUUACCCACUGGGAGUCUAGUUCCGCGUUGCCCUUGCCUUGGAUCCUGCUGCCGACGAGCGUGCUUUCCUGUGAAUAUACCCAGUGAGGCGUACUAGAGGCCAUCGACUGCUCUGGCUCGCUCCCAUCCUUUCUGGAACCCUCUGCCUAACCUCACGCGGCGUGGCAGUCUUCCCAAAUGGCCAGCGUCGACAUCAACGUGAAUGAGCCCGACAGGGCCAACACUCGGCGUGGGCCGGGGCUCCAUUUCUGGCUUGCCUUCUGGGCCAUAGCCCUGACCAAUCUCGCCGCAGCCUUGGACGCCACGUCCCUAUCUGUCGCCCUGCCGGUGCGUUCCGACCUCUCCCCCACAAGUAGAAACGAUGUGAACACCGGGCUAACACAACAUGGACAGGCAAUAUCCGCGGCCAUCGGCGGCGAUGGCAACACACAGACUGAGGCCUUCUGGGCCGGGACAUCCUACCUACUCGCCUGCACCGUCGUGUUGCUCCUCUGGGUAUCCCUGAGCGACGUCUUUGGCCGCCGUCCCGUUCUGAUGCUGGCGUUGGUCAUCUUUGCCGCCGGCUCCGUGGUUUGUGCCGUCUCCCAAAACUUUACUGUCAUGAUCGCCGGCCGGACCGUUCAGGGGCUCGGCGGCGGCGGAGUGCUUGGUCUCACCACCGUGUUGGUGACCGAUCUGGCGCCUCUUAGGGAGCGCGCUCGUCUUUAUGCCUUGAUCAGCUCCAUCUGGGCCGUGGGCAGCACUACCGGACCCAUUAUUGGUGGUGCUUGUGCUGAAGCAGGCCAGUGGCGAUGGAUAUUCUGGCUCAACCUUCCCGUCGUCGGACUCGGCUUGAUUGGCAUUGGCUUCUUCCUGAAGCUUACCCGGCCGAGCGGUGACACCACGGCCAGGCUGCGGAACUUGGACUACUUCGGCUCGACCCUCUUCAUCGCCUCCGUCACGGCUUUCCUUGUAUCGGUGACUCUGGGGGGUUCGCAGUUUCCCUGGAGCAGCUGGCACACGCUCGUCCCCCUGUGUCUUGGUGCUGCGGGCAUGGCGGGUGUUGCUGUGUUCGAGUGCUACGGCACGUCCACGCCCUUCAUCCCCGUCUACAUAUUCCGGAACUACUCAACAACGGCAGUAUACGCCGGCAGCUUCGUUCACGGGCUCAUCCUCUACUCUCUCGUGUACUACAUGCCCGAGUAUUUCCAAGCCGUCCUGGGCUACAGCCCGCUGAUUGCAGGCGUCGCCGCUCUCGCCCAGACCGCAACGGUAGUUCCAUGCGCCAUCUUCGUCGGCGUGGUCGUGUCCAAGACCGGCCGCUACCGCUGGGCUGUCUGGACCGGUUGGGUGCUGGCAACCUUGGGCUGCGGGCUCCUGAUACUCUUGGGCGCCGACACCAGCAUCCCGGCGUGGAUCUUCCUCACUGCCGUGUCCGGGCUGGGCAUGGGGAUCCUAUUCCCGUCCAUCACGCUCGCGCUACAAGCCUCGGUCCCGCCCGCAGACGUGGCCACGGCCGCAACGCUGGUUCUCUUCUUCCGCUCGUUUGGACAAGCGGUCGGCGUGGCCAUCGGUGGAUCGAUUCUAGAAAAUCACAUGCAGGUGGAACUCCAGCAACCAGAAAUCGCCUCGCUGCUGCCACCAGCCAUUGCAAAUAUUGGAGCCGUAGCGCUGGCAUCCAUGAUGAAGAACAUGCCCUCGGGGUCCCCGUUGGUGAUGGCGUUGAGAGGCGCCCUUGUCCGAACUUUCCAAGUUAUCUGGGCGACCAUGUGCGGUCUGGCAGGCGUGACCAUGUUGUCACAGUUUACCAUCAAGGAAUACAGUAUGGAUCAGGAACACAUCACUGACCACCGUUUCCAGCAAGAAAAGCAAGAGUCUGGCCAAGAGAUUUUGAGACUGGGUUCAAACCGAAAGGACGGAGAAUGAUGUUGCACCCUAAUGCACCCCGAUGUACCCUGAAUGUUUUUC